GCUGUUGACUUGCCUUGAAUAGCCUCAGGAAAAGUUGCUCAAUGUUAAUGUUUGACAAGUAGGAAGAAGGAACUUGACUCUUUCAGUUCUCCUUCUACUCGAGACUUUGUUUGCUUUUUUGUGGACAUUACAUAUUCCAAUUCGAGGGAGAAAGACAGAACGAGAUCAUGGAGGUGCUAGUGCUGCUCGACUUCGAGGGCACCAUGGGAGACGAGAUCACAGUGAGGAUGGGGGAUGUGGUCAAAAACGUCACAAAGUUCAGCGAGGAGGGAUGGCUGGAGGGGGAGCUGAGAGGAAAGAGAGGCAUCUUCCCUGCUAACUUCACCAAGGAGGUGCCAGUAUGUUUGAUGGGUGACAGCAAGAGGGAACCACGGAGCCUCAGAACAACAAAGAGGAAGAAACAGACGAGGAAAUGCGAGGUUGCGUUUGCCUACAACGCCUUGAAUGAAGACGAGCUGCAGCUGGUGGUUGGGGAGACGAUAGAGAUCCUCCGCGAGAUUGAAGAUGGAUGGUGGAUGGGGGUGAAAAAUGGCAAACUGGGAGCAUUUCCAUCAAAUUUUGUCAAAGAGAUUUUUGUUUCCCCUAAAGACAGCAAGUACAAUGAGGGCAAGUCAAGACCUAAGCUCACAGACGCGGUCUUCAACAAGGAAGGCAUUUCUCAAAGGGCAAGUGUGAGGAACAAAGCAAAAACCGUGGUGGAGUGUUGCCAAGCCAUGUUUGACUACAAGGCAAAGACAGAGGAUGAGCUGGAUCUAAAAAAAGGAGACACUGUUGUUAUCCUGAGAAAGGAAACAGAAGAUGAAGGCUGGUGGGAGGGAGAGAUAAGCGGACGAUCCGGCUGCUUUCCGGAUAACUUCGUCAUGCUGAUACCACCAAUGGACAGUCUGCAAUCUGGGACCACAAACCAACCGCCCGCACGCAACAUCAACAACGAACUGCCAGUAAACAUAGAGGCCUCAGCGAUGGAUAGAAGUGGUCCAACAAAGACAAAAGAUGACAAACCAGAGGUCAAGGACCUGAGAAGCAAUCCUCCGAUCAAGGUCAAGCUGCCGUCCAUCAACAAGCCCAGCCCGCCUCCAAUCAAAGACAAACCCAACAAGUUCUCAUCCAAAACCAAUGGCGACGUGGCUCCUUUGUCACCAAAACAACCGGAGGAGAAACAGACGGACCAGUUUGAUGGCGUGGACGUGCAGACUGAUAAGCUCUGCCAUCCCACAGCAAACAGAGCCAAGCCCCCGCAGAGGAGACCCCCGUCAGGCCUGGUUACAGCUGCACACGCUACUGACCAAACAGAACCAGAAUUAACGCCAAACAGGUUUCAGACGGACAGAUUAAUUGGCUUGCAAAAGGGUAAAGAAAACCUCCUGCCAUCUCCUGCAAGGCCGGAUCAUUGGUCCAAGACGCCGCCUCCGGUUCGACCCACACCACCCAAAAAAGUUUUGGAAAGCAAAACAGUGACCCAUAAAGAAGAGCCAACGAUGUUAGACCUGCAGGCGGAGAUCAAAGAACUGAGGAUGUCUCUGGAGCUGCUAGAGACACGACACGACCGAGACAUGCAGGAAGUGAAAGAAGAACUGAGGGAGGAGAGAGACAAACGAAUGGCACUGCAGGAUGAAGUACACAGUUUGAGGAUGAAGCAUUAAUCCCAACAACAGACUGUGACUGUGCUGUCUGACACUGUGCCAUGCAGGCUUGUGUACGGCAAGUUUAAACAAAAUGAACAAUUUUCUAACAUAAAAUGAGAACGGAGAACAUAAGCAAGCUCUCCCACUGCAGUCAAAAGUAUGAGGGCUAAAUUAAAAUAUAUAGUUGGACAUAGGAUUAGCUAAUCCUGAAUUGAACUGGAGAGAAAUACUUUUAAUGAUGUAUUAUUAAAGUUUUUACAUAUUUUUAUGCUGGAAAUCAAACGUGUAAAAUGGGUUACUCUUGGCUGCCAAUGAAUGUUUUACAUUGUU